AUGAUACACAGGCCCGUAGCACAGGCUCAGAAAAGGCACCUUCUCUUGAGUUUUCCCUUCUCGAAAGUUCUCCUCAAGCUCUCCCCUCAUUUUGCCCACCCUCUCCUCAUCUCUCCAGGGCUUGGCCUUUUGCUGCUCUCCUUGCUCCUGGCUCGAGCUGGUGUCUGGGGAUUUCCAAGGCCCCCAGGGAGACUCUCCCUGAGCCUAGAGGAGGAGUUCAAGGUCAGCCUGCGUCUUGCCAGGAAGCUACUGUCCGAGGUUCAGGCCCAGGCCCACCGCUUUGCUGAAGCUCACCUGCCAGGAGUGAACCUGGACCUCCUGCCCCUGGGACAGCAGCUCCCCAAUGUUUCCCUGAGCUUCCAGGCCUGGUGCAGCCUCUCUGGAUCAGAGCGACUGUUCUUCCUCUCCAUGACACUGCACCCCUUUCAAGCCCUAUUGGGAGGGCUGGGGACCCAGGGGAGCUGGACCAGCUCAGAGAAGAUACAGCUGCGGGCCAUGAGGCUGGAUCUCCGAGAUUUGCAGCGGCAUCUUCGCUUCCAGGCCUCCAGACAGCUGCCCAGACCGGUUGGGGAGGUAGUCCGGACAGGCUGUGAGCAGUGGUCCCCGUGGGGCAGGCGGUCCACCUUCUGCACUGGAGAGUCAGAUUCCUUAAGUUCAUGA